CCUGUACCAAAAAAAAAAAAAAAAAACACGAACACUAUCAUUCUCAUUUUAUUUUUGCUCUGAACUGCCACUUUUCUGAGCUAGAUAAAAUCUAGAAUAAAAGAUUGGUCAAGUCAGAAACAUGGUAUAGGAGCUCAAAUUGGAAGCAAGAAAAUCAAGAAUUACCCAAGUACAUACAAAAAAAAUACUAGCAACUUUGGAAUAUAAAUUAGAGAAAAAGUAAGCAACUUGAGAGUUCAAUUCUUCCAAUCUUUAUACUGAUGAGACAUUAUAUAAAGGACUUUUAAUUAUAGAUUUGGAGGAGCAAAGGGAGUGGCAAUUGAGAGGGAAGAUGAGCGUUCCAAGUGUAUGGAACCAUUUAGCUCUUUUGUCAAGAGCCAAUUCCAAAGAAUCAAUAGAAUAUAUACUUGAAGCUAUGUGGAGGACUCGCAAGACUGGGCUUGAUGCUGCUGACCGCCAAAUCAUCCGUGAAAUGCUUCAACUUCCUAAUGAUUCUGACCUCGACCCUCUUCUGGUGUGCCUUCGUAUUUUGAUUCGCAAAUGUGUUUAUGAGAAUGCCAAGAAGGAUGAGAUUCAAAAGUUGUUUCCUGCUGAGGUCCAACCCGAGUUGCAAAGACUAUUAACACUUCUACUGCAAAAAUUUCAAAAGGAGUGGCGUGAAGAUAUAGCUAAAGACCUGGUCAUCUUGCCUCAACUGAAAGCAUUGACACGGAGCAUUUGGAAAGAGGGCAGUGAAAUCGGAGACCCUGCAGCAAUUAUAAAUUUAAAGCUUCAAGGUGAUGCAAAAUCUAGCCAUGAAGAAAAAGAUGUGCCGUUCCACUUGACAAAAGACACUUUAGAAACAAUGUUGAAGUCAAUGUACUCUCUAAGGACCGAACUGUCUGACGAUGUGAGUUUAUAGUUCUCUAUCUAGAGAGAUAUAGUGUUCUCAAACAAAUGUGGUAUAGUUUGCUACUGUCCUUGAACAGAAGGUAAUGUAGCCUUUCAUAUUUUAAUUUACACAAUGCUAAUUGCUAAGUGGAUGGUUUCUGCUUUCAUUUACUGGGUAUUCUAAUUUAGUUGAUCUAUUGCCUUUAAGGCUGGAAAGACAUUUUCUUCUUUAA